GAACCGAGCUGCGCGCCUCUGUUCCACCUCCAGGCGCGUGCCACGGAGGCGCGUGUCAGAGGAUGCAGGUGUGUCAGAACCGGACCCUCAGAGCCUCAGUUCGUCUCGCGCGCAGCACAGGAGCUGCACCUCCCCGCCUUUGCUCCGAGCCCGCUGCUUCUGCCUCCCGGUUCUGUUCGGACCGCCUCGGACGGGAUGAACGGGUUCGGGUCCCCCUACCUGUACGUGGGGGCCCCGGUGUCGCAGCCCCGGGCCCCGCUGCAGAGGACCCCGAAGUGCGCGCGCUGCCGGAACCACGGCGUGCUGUCGUGGCUGAAGGGCCACAAACGGUUCUGCCGCUUCAAGGACUGCACGUGCGACAAGUGCAUCCUGAUCAUCGAGCGGCAGCGCGUCAUGGCUGCGCAGGUGGCGCUGCGCAGACAGCAGGCGCACGAGAGCCUGGACUCCCUGAUCCCCGAGACCCUCAGGGUCCUGCCCCCGCGGGGCUCCGACGACCUGGACCUGAGCUGGAGCGGGCCCGAACCGCCGCGGCCCGGAGGAGCCCGGAGCCGGAGCCGAACAG